CUGCCCGGGGACUCUCGUCCACUCGGAAACCACAGCAGACCCACUUUUCUCUCGGUCUCGUUAAGUCAUGUCUGAGCCACAGAGAUGGGCAAGAUCGAGAGCAACGAGAGGGUGAUCCUCAAUGUCGGGGGCACCCGGCACGAAACCUACCGCAGCACCCUCAAGACCCUGCCCGGGACGCGCCUGGCCCUGCUCGCCGCCUCCGAGCCCCCGGGCGACUGCCUGACGGCGGACCAGCUGCAGCCGUCGCCGCCUCCGCUGUCGCCGCCCCCGCGGCCGCCCCCGCUGGCCCCCGGGCCGGGCGGCUGCUUCGAGGGCGGCGCGGGCCGCUGCAGUCCCCCCGCGGGCGGCCGCGAGUUCUUCUUCGACCGGCACCCGGGCGUCUUCGCCUACGUGCUCAACUACUACCGCACCGGCAAGCUGCACUGCCCGGCCGACGUGUGCGGGCCGCUCUUCGAGGAGGAGCUGGCCUUCUGGGGCAUCGACGAGACGGACGUGGAGCCCUGCUGCUGGAUGACCUACCGGCAGCACCGCGACGCCGAGGAGGCGCUCGACAUCUUCGAGACCCCCGACCUCAUCGGCGGGGACCCUGGCGACGACGAGGACCUGGCGGCCAAGAGGUUGGGCAUCGAGGACGCUGCGGGCCUGGGGGGCCCCGACGGCAAGUCCGGCCGCUGGAGGAGGCUGCAGCCCCGCAUGUGGGCCCUCUUCGAGGACCCCUACUCGUCCAGAGCCGCCAGGUUUAUUGCUUUUGCUUCCUUAUUCUUCAUCCUGGUUUCAAUCACAACCUUUUGCCUGGAGACACAUGAAGCUUUCAAUAUUGUUAAAAACAAGACAGAACCAGUCAUCAAUGGCACAAGUGUCGUUCUACAGUACGAAAUCGAAACAGAUCCUGCCUUGACAUAUGUAGAAGGAGUGUGUGUGGUGUGGUUUACUUUUGAAUUUUUAAUCCGUAUUGUUUUUUCCCCCAAUAAACUUGAAUUCAUCAAAAAUCUCUUGAAUAUCAUUGACUUUGUGGCCAUCCUACCCUUCUACUUAGAGGUGGGACUCAGCGGGCUCUCAUCCAAAGCUGCUAAAGACGUACUUGGCUUCCUCAGGGUGGUAAGGUUUGUGAGGAUCCUGAGAAUCUUCAAGCUCACCCGCCAUUUUGUAGGUCUGAGGGUGCUUGGACACACUCUUCGAGCUAGUACUAAUGAAUUUUUGCUGCUGAUAAUCUUCCUGGCUCUGGGAGUUUUGAUAUUUGCUACUAUGAUCUACUAUGCCGAGAGGGUAGGAGCUCAACCUAAUGACCCUUCAGCUAGUGAGCACACACAAUUCAAAAACAUUCCUAUUGGGUUCUGGUGGGCAGUGGUGACCAUGACCACCCUAGGCUAUGGUGACAUGUACCCCCAGACAUGGUCAGGGAUGCUGGUGGGAGCCCUGUGUGCUCUGGCUGGAGUGUUGACAAUAGCUAUGCCGGUGCCUGUCAUUGUCAACAAUUUUGGAAUGUACUACUCCUUGGCAAUGGCGAAGCAGAAACUUCCAAGAAAACGAAAGAAGCACAUCCCUCCUGCCCCUCAGGCAAGCUCACCUACUUUUUGCAAGACAGAAGUAAACAUGGCCUGCAAUAGCACACAGGGUGACAUGUCUCUGGGCAAAGACAAUCGGCUUCUGGAACAUAACAGAUCAGUGUUAUCAGGUGACGACAGUACAGGAAGUGAGCCGCCAUUAUCACCCCCAGAAAGGCUCCCCAUCAGACGCUCUAGUACCAGAGACAAAAACAGAAGAGGGGAAACAUGUUUCCUACUGGCGACAGGUGAUUACACGUGUGCUUCUGAUGGAGGGAUCAGGAAAGGAUAUGAAAAAUCCCGAAGCUUAAACAACAUAGCGGGCUUGGCAGGCAAUGCUCUGAGGCUCUCUCCAGUAACAUCACCCUACAACUCUCCUUGUCCUCUGAGGCGCUCUCGAUCUCCCAUUCCAUCUAUCUUGUAAACCAAACUGCAUCAGUCGGCUAAAUUGUAUUAAUUCAAGUACUGUUUACCCCAUAAUGGAAAUAAUUAAAUAUAGAGUUACGCCAGGUUCCAUUAAUACAGUAUAAAUCCUGCAUGAUACUACUAUUUGAAGUCAAAAAUGCCAUUUUGGGUAGCUAACGAAUCUUAUCCUGGCUUUCAAGGUUAUCUAAAGUAGUGCUACUACUUCUCCGUAAAUUGCCCUGAUCUCCUUUUGCAAUAAAAUGACAGAUAGUAUCAGAUAUUGACCAGUUCACUAAUACAUAAACAUAUCUUCAGGGAGAUAUAUUUAAAACAGUGUGCUUCCAAAUGCCAGCCACUUCACUGGACCUUCAUUUCUUGUGACUCUAAAUCAUUCUGAAGAUGUCUGGGAUCCUAUCUUGGUUGCACUCAGCAUGACUCUGCUCAGCUCAUUUGCAUGGACCAUCUUGUCUCUAUCAUCUGAAACAAUGUAGCAGAGUUCGGGGACCAUGGAUGGCUCAGGAUAUGUGUACUUGCGCCGAACCAUCCUGCUGACAUGAAAGCACUGGUCGACUGUUCUGCAUCUUGAAUUGUGGGGCACCGAGGGCGAGUUUCUCCUUGACGUUUUUUUCCCUUAUUCUUUGAAAGAAAUAUUUGUUUUAAAUAGUUUAAUUUUUUUGAUUGAUUUACUUUUCUUCAAAAAUGCUGUGUUGGAGUUCUGAAUGUCUCUGGUUGUUUGCAUACAGAUAACUGCAAAGAGGUUGUCAUUACUGGUUACACGCAAGCCAAGGCCAGAGCUCUUAACUUAAUGGCUUGUGGAAGGCACAAAACCUGAAAGGUACCUGCCAGCCAGGCUUGCAUUGUUUAGCCAGGAAUUGCUGCUUGGUACUAGAGUUUUUAUUUUUUUUUUAAUCCCAGAAUUUGUUAUUAUUGUCUGAGGCAGAGUGCCAAAUAUCACCUAAAGCUCUCGUGUCUUUUUUAUCCCUUUCUUUUAUUUUUACUUAUUAAUUUUUGUGCAAACAUCAGAGAGCACUGUUGUUCACAGGAAGCUUUCUUGACCAGCCUUAAAUUCUGACACAUGGGAUUAAUCAGACUUUUCAGGCAGUG